GCGGAUUGUUUUCCUAUCUCGUAACGUAAUAAACAUCGCGGCCGGAGAAAUAGUGAGGGAAAGGAGAAAUGUAAAACAUUUCAGGACUCUAUGGAAUUAUAAACCAGGAUUUUAUUCAAUAUAAUACUUUUAAAAUAAUAAUAAUGCACAAUUAGUGCUAAAUUAAUAUAGUGCUUUUAAGAGAACGGGACCUAGUUGUAACACGAAUAACACACGCAAGGUAAGCUAGCUAGCUAGCUCGCGCUACAGUACUGUAGGCCUCUAGCUAAAUUUACGCGGAAAAGGAACUUGCUAACUGUUUAUAGAAAAUACGCUCGUAGUAGCUAGCUAGUAAUUUGUGCAACGAACAAGGUAGCUAGUUGUAUCUAGCUAUUUAAACACUUCCACUAACGUUACCCUCUAGGCUAGUUAACUAAUUUGUAGGCUAUUGCGUUAGCUAGCGCAGCAGACUAAUUGGCAAAAAUGAGCGAAAAAACGAGGUACAGCAAAAAGUCUGCAGACUCCGCACCGAAGAAACGAUGUCAGUCCGACGAGCAGGCUGGCCAGUCCCCUCUUCCAAGUAAGUUAGCCAAAGUGGACGGCGAGGUGUCCAGUGAAUUACCAUCGAAUUCUCAUGGAAACAAAAAUGGGGAAGAUGGCGAUAAAGUACCAGCCAUAGAAGAGAAGAAUGGAAAUGAGGAGAGUGGACUAGAUCUGAAAAAGGGACCCGGGGGGGGGAUUUGUGCAGCUGUCACUGCCAAUAACCCAUCCAGCGCUGAUGCACAUGUCAGCGCCGUCAACAGUGCUCUUGUAUCGGGUGCACCAGUCUCUAGCGAUGCAAAGGAAGUAAAAAACCUGGGAAGUGCUGGUGCUGGAGAUUGCCGACCCUCAACUUCACUGGACCAGUCUGAUUCGGCCGCUAUAGCAGCCGCCGAGGCACUUGCUAGUCUCACAGGAGCAGCUACGGGUGAAGAGGUUAAACAAAAGUCAUUUUCCUCAAAAAAAGUUGGACAUUAUGAGAGAAUGGGACACAAAGGUAAGCGUGGUGACCAGGAGUCCUCAAAGGAACAAUCAAAACCUGAAAGGGGUCUUCACACACAGGCAGCAGCGGCAGACAGCUCUACCUCACUGCGUGGAGUUGACAGGGAGGAUGCCGAGGACAUGCCCGAUGAGGAAGACGACUCAAUACCCGGAUCUUCGUCCACACCGAGUUCCUCUUUCCCUUCAGAUAAUGAUGAUGAUGACGGGGAGUGCGCUAUAGUGUCAGUGAAGAUGGCCCCGGAGAUCCGACAGUCAGUGGCCCUUCUGGCGCAGGUACAGAUGAGGCUAGACGCUCUGGAGAAGAAAGGUGCGCGGCUCCACCAGCGGCUAGAGCUGAAACUGAGCCGCCAGCGCCGUCCACACGUGGACCAGCGUAGCUCCAUCAUACAGGCCAUCCCUGGCUUCUGGGUCACGGCAUUAUUGAACCACCCUCAUCUCUCUGCUCACAUUGACAAAACAGAUGAAGGUGCUCUCAGUUACAUGACCAACCUUGAAAUUGAAUCCUUCAAGACCAACAAGCUUGGUUACAGAAUCGGGUUCCACUUCAAACGGAAUCCUUACUUCCAGAACAACAUCAUCGUGAAGGAGCUCCACCUUGGAAUGACAGGAUCUCCAGUGUCUUUCUCCAACCCCAUCCUGUGGCACCGCGGGCAGAACCUGACGCUUCACAGUGAGCCCAGGAGGUCGGGACGCGGCAUCUAUCAGACCUUCUUCAGCUGGUUCAGCGACCACGCCAGUCCUGGCCGGGACGACAUAGCACAGAUUCUGAAAGAUGACCUUUUCAGAAACCCUCUCAGAUACUAUUUGACUCCACUGUGGGAACCCAGGCAGAAUGGCAGCACCAGUGGGCCCAAGCCAGCUGACAACAGCAACAGGGAGGAUUGUGUGGUGAUCUCUGACUCGGAUGAUGAUGAUGAUGAUGAUGAAGAAGAGCAGGCUAAGUCUGGGCGAGGUCUUAGCAGGGAAGAGGAGAAUGAGGAUGAGCACGAGGAGCAUGGGGGCCGAGAUGCAGAAUCAGAUGAAAGCCCAGAGGAGGAUGAUGACGGAGAGGUUGCAAUAGACGGCUCUGAUGACAGCGACCAGGAUGCCAGAGAUGAUGAGGACUCAUCAUACGGCGAGAAGGAUGAAGAGGUGGACGUGGAAGACGUGGAUGAAUCACGAGGUCGCGAGGUCAGAGACCAAGAUAAAGAGGAGGAUGUUGAGGUGGACGAAGAAGAGGAUGAGAGCUAAGAUCGUUUGUUCUUUCCAAUUUCCUUUUUUUCUUAUUAUGCACAAAAUAUCAAUUAUUGUUAAUAAAUUCUAAAUGCUUGACUGCAUUUUAAAAUCAGGGUAAAUAAAAAAAAUCCAGGACACCAUGUUUUGACUGUAUAUUUUACUGUAAUCUUUGUUGGAUUUAAAGAAAAAAAACUUUUUUUUGGUAAAGAUUCUUUAUUACUGGGGUCUCAAAUUCGAAGGAUUGUAACUUAAUCAUGCAUUAGAUCUUGACUCAUUCAUUCAGUUUACUCUUAUUGUUAGGGCUACUCAACACAAAACGAAAAUAAUACCAGUACAAUAAUAUUCUACGAGAUUUGAGACCCCAGAUUGAAUGUUGUUAAUACUGCCAAGAUUUGGUAGAAUCUCUUGUUGCAAAUGGUCCAAUAAAACAAUACUAUAUAUUUUACUGACCGGUAUCAGUGAUCACGUCUUCAACUCAAUUUAUCUUGAACUUUUCCUAUUGUAAAUCUGAUCUUUGACGAGGUAAAAGGGAGAUUUUCGGAGAGGUUGUAAUAUUAUUCCCAACACAUCUCGGAUGCACUUCCUACUGAACCAAAUCUUGUUCUCAGGGAUGACCUAGUCGUGAGUGUUUUCAUGGAAGGAAACCGUAUACUAUAUAAUGUUUUCUCACACUCCUGCCAUUGUUUGGGUGUAUCUGUGUAAAAUAAGUUUACUCUACAGUAGUUUGUGUUAUUUUAAUAAGGUAAAUAUAGGUAAUAUUUCCUGUGUUUUCACGCCUUUCCUAUCAUAAACUUAGUGUGUAGCUGUGCACCCAUAUUAAUUAAUAUUCACACAUGUUUAUGUUUUUCAAUUCUUUAAGUAUAUUUUAACAUUCAUUGAGUUAUUUGGGUGGAAUCCCACAUUUUUGUAACAUGAAUUGUAAUAUUUUGAGCUUGUUGCAUCCAUGCAUUCAACAUUUUUUGCUUUUGUGUCACUUUUAGAAACUGUUAUCGUCACAUUUUUGUGUUUUUUAAAUAAAUAAGUGUCUAUCAAAGUAAGUCAGAAUGAUGACCUUUAACAGUUUGAAAGAUUCUGUAUAGAGCAAAUAUUUGCAGUGACUGUUGCCUCAAAGGCAUUGACGAGUGUGGUCCGACAAAGUAACAGAACUGUAGCCCAGGGCAGCUCUUAAAAGUACUGUAACAAUGCUAGCUAGUGGUUUUAUGUUGUUUCUUUUCCACACAGACUGAUGGCAUUGGCAUGUACAUAUUUAAACUUAACUUUGUGUGCAGAGUUUGGAUCUGUUAAGCUUAAAUCAUUACCUGUAGCCAUCUGGAAUUUGACAAAUACGGUAUAUUAACAAAAAGUAAUAUUUUGUGUGCUGAAUUAUUUUAUAGUAUGCUAUAGUUCUGAAGAAAACGUGUUUUGUUUUUUAAGAUAUAAUGUCUGCAUUUUGAAUCCAAUUUAAUUAAAUAGCAAGUUAUUUA